AUGUUUUUGGGAAGCUCAAGUCAAACUAUCACGGUGCCCCCUUCACUGAAAAGUGACGCCGUUGGUGCUGAUGUUUUAAAAUACAUCUAUGGCCCUGGCCAAACCAAUCAAGAGCAAUGGGUCUCUAAUUUUACCAAUGUUGUCGACUCCUGGAUACCAUUUAUCCCCCUCAAUGAGCUUCAUACAAGAUUAUUGGAUGAAAAUAGUCAUCUCAGUGCAGAAGAUGUGCUUUUGCUUGCGUGCAUCAAGUUGAAUGCAGACGUUCUCCCCGAAAACCAACCGCUAAACAAGCAGUACCUCGCUGUGAAAUCAUCGUUCAUGACUAUAGAGAUCUACGACUGCUUCAAGCUUCGCUUCUACUUCUCUUUUAUGAGUUUGGACAUGGCAUUUUUCCCUCCGCGUAUACAACCCUGGGGUGCUGUGUCCGAUAUUUAG